AUGCAUGAGCGUAUAUUUGAGCUGCUUGAGCAGAAUAUGAAGGCUUUGUAUGAUGAGACAAGCUCGUGGGAUCCGUGGCUCAAGCGCGAUGAACUAUUGCAUCCAAAGUCGCGAUUCCUCUUAGCAUUCGAAGAUCACGAAAAUACCCUGACAUUCCAAGGCGUUGCUCAGCGUCGAUCUGGCCGGUUCUGUGAAAAACCACAGACCCAGCAUACACUGCAAGGGUUUGUGAUGUGGCGAUUCGACACAGAUGAUACAGUACCUGAGGAUCCUUAUUCGUUGCAAGGGGAAAGCGACGUGGAAGUCGCGUACUGGUACGUGGAAAUGUUAGAAAUGAUGAUUCAGAAAGCUGACUCCUUGCUCAUAGUUACGAGGUGCAAGUGGCGCGUGAAUGGCAAGGUCGUCAUGUAG